GAUUAUCUGUAAAUGUUAGCGGAAGUUCUAGUUUUUAUUUUGAAAGGGUCGAAGCGGAAGUCUUCCUUGUUUCAGCAGUAGAGCGCGAGGGAGUCCGUCACAAAUAAUUUCUCCAAGCAACAGUUAAACUUUAGGUGAACGUAACCGUUUAACGUGUCUUACAAUGAUCAUUCCUAUCCGGUGCUUCACGUGUGGAAAGAUUGUGGGUAACAAGUGGGAGGCAUACCUCGGUCUCCUUCAAGCCGAAUACACUGAAGGUGACGCCCUUGAUGCCCUGGGCCUGAAGAGAUACUGUUGUCGGAGGAUGCUCUUGUCUCAUGUGGAUCUUAUUGAAAAAUUGUUGAAUUACGCGCCACUGGAGAAGUGAUAACUGGUUCCCAUCAUGGCUGCAGAGACUUUGUGGGGAUGUGACAUGAAUGUUUUCAUGUCACAAUGAAGUUCAAAAAUGAUUGUAAUCCACUGUGACGACUUUAGGAAUACUUUACAUAUUUGAUGACUUGUUUUCUAAAUAAAGCUGUUAAACAAUGUCGA